AUGGACUUACUUGGCCCCAUGGAGAUGACGGAGGGCUCCCUCUGCUCCUUCACAGCCGCCGAUGACUUCUACGAUGACCCGUGCUUCAACACGUCGGACAUGCACUUCUUCGAGGAUCUGGACCCGCGGCUGGUGCACGUCGGGGGUCUGCUGAAGCCCGAGGAGCACCCGCACCACCACGGGCACCACCACGGGCACGAGGAGGAACACGUCCGGGCGCCCAGCGGGCACCACCAGGCCGGCCGCUGCCUGCUGUGGGCCUGCAAGGCGUGCAAGAGGAAGACCACCAACGCCGACCGCCGUAAGGCCGCCACCAUGAGGGAGCGCCGGCGGCUCAGCAAGGUCAACGAGGCCUUCGAGACCCUCAAGCGCUGCACCUCCACCAACCCCAACCAGCGCCUGCCCAAGGUGGAAAUCCUGCGCAACGCCAUCCGCUACAUUGAGAGCCUGCAGGCCCUGCUGCGCGAACAGGAGGACGCUUAUUACCCGGUGCUGGAGCACUACAGCGGGGAAUCGGACGCCUCCAGCCCACGCUCCAACUGCUCCGAUGGCAUGAUGGAGUACAGCGGGCCUCCCUGCAGCUCUCGCAGAAGGAACAGCUAUGACAGCAGCUACUACACAGAGUCCCCAAAUGAUCCAAAGCAUGGGAAGAGCUCUGUUGUUUCCAGUCUCGAUUGCCUCUCAAGCAUUGUAGAGAGGAUUUCCACAGAUAAUUCCACAUGCCCUAUACUGCCUCCAGUGGAAACUGUUGCUGAAGGGAGUCCCUGUUCCCCUCCAGAAGGAGUGAAUCUGAAUGAUGGUGGAGCCCAAAUUCCUUCCCCCACCAACUGCACCCCACUCCCCCAGGAUAGCAGCAGCAGCAACCCCAUCUACCAAGUGCUAUAAGGACCCCUCCAGCUGGACUGCAUCAAAACCAAUUUGCUCCGUUUGGCCUCGCUCAAGACCUGCCUUCUAAGGUUGAAAAGACUUCUUAAGACUUGUUCCAAUUUUAAAAUAUCACUGAAAAUUCCUUCAACUAUCUAACUUUGCAAACCUGUAUCACUUCAAAGUACACAUAGUUAUUUAUUGGUUGUUAAACUAAAGUUAUUUAAUACGUCUAGAGAUAAAGUUGUGUACCAUGAAAUGGCCAAUGUUUAAUCUGGGCUGUGGGGAAUAGGAAGCUGGCUCUUGAAUGUGGAGGAAAAUAGAAAUCUACAGCAGUAUUGACAUGAUAGAUCCUUCCUAUUACUCCUGUUCUGGC